ACCAAAAUGAACUGUUUUUCCUGUUGCAUGUCAGAAGAGAGACUAAAUAGAAGGUCAACAAAGAAGAGCAUGAAGGAAUACAAUGACACAAAAACUAUGGUUUCAUUUGCCAAUAUUGCAUUCAAGAGUGAUAGCAGCAGAAAGAGAUACAUUACCCAAGAAAUAACAAAAAUGGGUAAAGGUAAUAUCACUGCUAGGAUUUUUAACUACAGUGAGCUAUGCACCGCCACUAAAAACUUCAACCCAGAUGAUAAGCUUGGUGAAGGGGGUUUUGGGAGGGUCUACAAAGGGCAUGUUGAAAACCCAAAUCAAGUAGUUGCUGUCAAGCAACUUGACAGGAAUGGAUAUCAAGGAAACAGAGAAUUCCUGGUUGAGGUUUUGAUGUUGAGUCUACUUAACCAUUCUAACCUUGUAAAUUUGGUUGGAUAUUGUGCCGACGGGGAUCAAAGGAUUUUGGUCUAUGAAUACAUGGCUAAUGGCUCCUUGGAGAAUCACCUGCUAGAUUUACCUCCAGACAAGAAGCCAUUGGAUUGGAAUACCAGGAUGAAAAUUGCUAUUGGUGCUGCUAAAGGCCUUGAACACUUACAUGAAACAGCCAAUCCUCCAGUGAUAUACCGCGACUUUAAGGCAUCAAACAUAUUACUGGAUCAGGAUUUCAAUCCAAAGCUCUCGGAUUUCGGACUUGCAAAGCUUGGUCCAACUGGAGAUAAGACACAUGUUUCCACCAGGGUUAUGGGAACCUAUGGCUACUGUGCACCUGAGUAUGCACUGACCGGCCAGUUGACUACAAAAUCAGAUGUUUACAGCUUUGGAGUUGUGUUUUUGGAGCUAAUCACAGGAAGAAGAGUAAUAGACAAUUCAAGACCAACAGAAGAACAGAAUCUUAUCACUUGGGCAACACCCCUAUUCAAAGAUAGAAGGAAUUUCACAUCAAUGACUGAUCCAUUGCUGGAUGGGAAAUUUCCCAUUAAGAAUCUCCACCAAGCACUUGCUGUUGCAGCAAUGUGUCUGCAGGAAGAAGCAACUGCCCGGCCUUUGAUGAGCGACGUGGUAACAGCUCUUGAGUACUUAACUACAGGCAAUGAACUAGAAGGAAGGGAAGAAUAGUUGACAAACAAGAAAUCAGUUUCUCCUGGUAGGCACAGUGAUAGAGAUAUCGAAAAACCAAAGAAUAAAAUGAAUGUACAAGAGAAGGAUAAAAACAAAGGGAACAACGGCUAAUGGAGCCCAUCAAACUCAUAUCCUGUUUCAGCUAAGCUGCAAUCCAUGGAGUCGACUCAAGUCUCAUUGCUUUAAAUCCUUUCAGGGUCUGCUUUGCUAAGGGGUACAAGGGAAAGGAAAAAAAGGUGAUGGAGCUCAUGUGGGCCGUGGCCUCUUUCAAUUUCAAGGAGCUUUGCCAUGUUACUGCCAUCAAUGUGCAAACCAACCUCAUUUCCAUUAACUCAACUUUGUUUAUGUUUCCUUUCUGGUUUCAUUUGCAGAAAAUUUGUGAAACUUGUUCCCUUCACUUUUGUAUCAGGUAACUUAGAAUGAAAGAAAUGCUUAGAAAAU